ACAUUUUCUUUUCAUUUUGUUUUGCUUUGCAUUUUUGCAAAAUAAGGAUUUUUCUUUAAUUAAGGAAUUAACAAAAAACAAAAGAGAAAGAUUUUCUUACAGAAAAACUCUGCACUUGGUAAAUCUCUUUUAAAAAUUGAACCUAAAAAUAACUUGCUUAAACUUGGCAUUCUGAUAUGGCAUCCAUAAAUCAAAUGCCAAAAGUCGAUGAGAAGAUCAUCUUCAAAUGUGAUAAACACUCGACAAUUAUCUCCGAGAAACUCCAAAGUUUCUAUCAAGAAGAUGAAUUUUUCGACACUGUGCUAAUAGCAGGAAGCGAUUGCGCCAAGCUUCAAGCUCAUAGAGUUGUCUUGUGUGCAUUGAGUGAGUACUUCUUGCAAUUUUUCCGUAGGAAUCAAACAGGUUCGAAGGAUAACGUUGUUGAACUCAAAGAAAUCGAAGCUUCAACAUUGAAACUUGUAAUUGACUUCAUGUACACGGGUACGAUUGAAUUAAGUUUGGGAACUGUUGAAAAUCUUUUGCGCACUGCAUCGUUUUUAAAAUUGAAAACUUUAGCUGACGGUUGCUGUGAAUUGAUUGAGAACAACAUCGAUUACAGCAACUGUUUGUAUUGGUUCCGUUUGGCUAAAGAACUUAGCUUAAAGAGUCUCAAGGCCAAGUCACUCGAAUGUACUUACAUUAACUUUGAGGAUAUAUCCAAGGAGGAAGAAAUUAUGACACUGAAUGAAAACGAAUUGAAGGAUCUUUUAUUCAAUGACAAUCCUCAUGGAGACUUCGAAAUAGAAGUGUUUUUAUCUAUGGUUAAAUGGAUAAAUUAUGACAAAGUCAAUCGCGAACAUUUGGUCUUCGAGCUUUUGUCAAUGGUUCGUUAUUGGGUUCUUACUCCGAAGUUUAUCGUUGAGAAUAGACAUUCAGUUUGUAAGACUGUCGAGAGCUACGAAUUGGUUUGUAGUUGGCUUCAAUGGCAUUUGUCACCGGAAACUCGAACAAAAGAUCAUGCAAAUAUUUGUCUAAAACCAAGAAUAAGGCCACAUAAACUUGCAGUUGUUCGUAGUUAUUAUGAAGAUGAUGAUCGAAAAAUUAAUAUUGAAACCUUUGACUCGCGUAAAAAUGCAUGGUCAAUUGAAAUAGAAAAUUGUCUUGCUAAUAAAAAAUCUUCAUUUGCCAAUAUUGUUAUUGAUGAUAAACUGAUUGUUGUUGGUGGGUUAAAAGGUUUUGAAUUUCAAAGGAGCGUUGAAUGUCUAGAUUUGAAAACUUUCAAGUGGACAGAUUUUCCACCAAUGCCAAGAAUGCGCAUAUACCGCUGUGAACUGGUGGAUUUAAAAGAAUAUUUAUGCGCUUUCGGACGUCAUAGCUUUGGCAUGACAAACUCAAUUUCCAUAGAUUUGUACAACUUUUCAACACGCACAUGGCGUGAAAUAGAACCACCUUAUUGUAAUCUCAACGAACAAAAUAAAUUAGUUGGACAAAAUGGAAUGUUAUAUAUAUUUGAUUUUAAAAACGCCUAUUUGCAAAUUUAUAAUGCAGCUUUAAAUCAAUGGACCUAUAAACGUAUUAAGGUUGAUUCACUAAAAGAUUAUGGUCUUGCAGCUGUGGAAGGAUUUGUGUACGUCUUUGGUGGUCAUCAUACUGAUAACGGGGGAUAUGUGAAAAAUGUUCAACGGUACAAUUUAUCUAACAAUUCUUGGUGUGAAAUGGCACCACUUCCAUUUUUACAAGCAACUACUGUUAUUAAAACAAAAGUUUUUGAAAAUAAAAUUAUAGUCUCCGAUUCGCUCAAUAUUGCCGAGUAUAAUAUUGAAACUGAUAAAUGGAAUACUUUGAAUCCUAUAUCAAACAGUGCUUGGUCUGGUACUUUUGAUAUUUUUGAUUAUAAUCCUAAUACUUAAAUUUUAUAUUUUUUGGU